CAAUGACAUUGCAAAGGUUUGUCUUGUCUCUUGUUUUCCUCCGGCAGGAUAAAACAUGAGGAGCACUCUGCUCUGUGAUUUGUAUACACUGUCUUGACAGCCGAGCCAGUAGACUGUCAACUUCCUACCUCGGUCACACACACAACGCAGGAUACGGCUGCAGGGACGGAGGGAGGCACGGAGAGCUAAAUAAAGCGCAGCCUCUUUACAGUAUGUUGGGCAACAGAAAGAAAGCAAUCCCCCAGGUCAAGAACGGAGCCGGGACGUCUGAAUUAAAGGCCAUUGAUCCUCUGCGGAAUCUGGGAGUGCAAAAUGAUGAAGAUGUGAGGCAGAUGCUGCAGGGCUCUAGUAUGGUGAAGGUUCGCUCGCCUCGCUGGCAGAAGCGUCGGAUUCUGAAGUUGCUGGAAGAUGGUGUCACCGUUUGGUGUCAAUCAUACAAAACAUCCAGCCGAGCCAAGGAACAACAAUCCUUCUCCAUCAUGGAAGUGGAGUGUGUGCACGAAGGUUGCCAGUCAGAAACAUUGCGGCAGAUGGUUGGCUCAGUACCUGAAAACCAGUGUUUAACAGUGGUCUUCAAAGGGUCUCGUAAAAGCCUGGAUCUCCUCUGCCAAAGCCAAGAAGAAGCUCAGUGCUGGGCCCGUGGCAUCCGUACCCUGCAGGAGAGGAUGGACAACAUGACCCAGAAGGAGAAACUUGACCACUGGAUUCAUGCUUAUAUGAGUCGGGCUGACCGAAACCGCGACGACAAGAUGAGCUACGAUGAGGUUCAGAUGCUGCUGCAGAUGAUCAAUAUUGACUUGAAUGACCAGUAUGCUCGCAGCCUCUUCCAGAAAUGUGACCAGUCAGGUGACGGUCGUCUCGAUCACGGAGAGAUUGAAGUUUUCUGCAGGGAGUUGUUACGAAGGCCAGAACUGGACAUCAUAUUCAUUCGCUACUCUGCAAAUGGCUGUGUGCUUUCAGCUGUGGACCUGAGGGAUUUCCUAAAGGACCAGGGGGAGGAUGCCUCACUCGUUCAUGCCCAAAGCCUCAUACUCACCUAUGAACUUAAUGAGUGGGCCCAGAAGAAUAGCUUCAUGACUCCCAAUGGUUUCACCAUGUACAUGUUGUCAAAGGAAAACUGUGUGUUUAACCCAGAACACGCUAGAGUUUACCAAGACAUGGCACACCCACUGUCGCACUACUUCAUCUCCUCGUCCCACAACACCUACCUCACUAAGGACCAGCUGACUGGGAACAGCAGCACAGAGCCUUACAUACGAGCUCUAAAACAUGGUUGUCGGUGUGUGGAGCUGGACUGUUGGGAUGGAGACAAAGGAGAACCAGUUAUCUAUCAUGGACACACACUUACUUCCAAAGUGCCCUUUGUUGAAGUAAUUGAGACUAUCAAUGAGUAUGCUUUCAAAUCCUCUCCCUACCCUCUAAUCCUGUCUUUGGAGAACCACUGCUCUCUGGAGCAGCAGAAAGUUAUGGCUAGACAUCUGCACUCCAUUCUGGGAGACAAAUUUCUAACAAAGCCUCUUGAAGGCCUGGAUUCCCACAAUUUGCCUUCCCCAGAGGCUCUUAAAGGUAAAGUCCUAGUGAAGGGGAAGAAGGAGAGGUUGGAGGAAUGCUCGUCCAGCUCUUCAGACCUCAGUUCCUCAGAUGAGGAGACCAGCCGCAUAGAAGGGAAACCCAGAAGGAAGGAGGAUAAAAAGGCAGGCGUCUCCAAGAUAACUCCGGAGCUAUCAGACCUGGUUGUGUACACUUGCAGUGUUCCCUUUAAAAGCUUCGAACAAGCUGCCAAAAGUCCAGCAACCAACAUGUCAUCUUUCUCCGAAAGUGAUGCACUCAGACAUAUUAAGGACUCAGGGGUGUAUUUUGUUCGUCACAACAGUCAUCACUUGAGCAGGAUCUACCCCUCAGGCCAGCGCCUCCAUUCCUCCAACUAUAACCCUCAGGAGAUGUGGAAUGCAGGCUGUCAAAUUGUUGCUCUGAACUUCCAGACACCUGGUGAGCAGAUGGAUUUGAACCAAGGCAGGUUUCUGCAAAAUGGUGAGUGUGGGUACAUUCUGAAACCUGCCUUCUUGUGUCAGCCUGACAGUACUUUCAAUCCUGAGAAUGUGGGAGGAGGUCCUGGCCACAGACCUGUCAUGCUCACUGUUCGGGUCAUUUCAGCUCAGCAGCUGCCUAAACCAGAAUGGGAUAAGCCCAGCUCCAUUGUGGACCCACAAGUGUGGGUGGAGAUCCACGGCGCUCCUAUUGACAACAAUAAGAAGAAAACGCAUUAUGUUGAAAACAAUGGCUUUAAUCCACGGUGGGACUGCACCUUUAACUUUACCGUCCAUGUCCCUGACUUGGCUCUGGUCCGCUUUUUGGUGGAGGAUCAUGACUAUACUUCCAGAAAUGACUUCCUGGGACAAUUCACUCUCCCUUUCCCCAGUGUCCGCACAGGUUAUCGUCAUGUCCGACUGCUCAAGAUGGAUGGAUCAAGCCUUUCACCUGCGUCACUCUUUAUACAUAUUAAGGUCACUCCCUGUCAGAAUUCCAAAUCUUCAGCAAAAUCGCCAACCCACUUUCCAACCAAGAAUCCCUAAUCCCACUUCUGCCCUUCAGCCACAUGAUCAUUCCAUGGUAGUUAAUCAGAGAAAACUCAGUGGUUACAGCUUUCUCUCACGGUAUCAUCAACUGAUUCAUUUUUUUUACGCAAUAGAAAUGUUUCAAAACUGUAUUUGAGAUUUGUUAAGAAGACAACAUUGUUAUGCAAAGCUAAAAGCCAAUUAGGUAAUACUAUCCAUACCAGUGACUUAUGAUACACCUAAGAUUUCAGAGCAGUCGAUUUAGGUGUCUGUUUUACCUGAAUAAUUGUAAUAAUGUCUCAUUUGUAGAAAGUACUAUAAACUCUUAGAAGUAGGGUUGGAGUCAGAGCUGGGAACUAAUAGAGUACAAGUACUUUGCAUUAUAUACAUGCUGUUGUAGUUAAGUAGAAUUUUUAGCUCUGUUUUAGAUCUGUUUAUCUGUACGUUACUUGAGUAUUUAUUUUUGUGACAACUUUUACUUUUACUCCCUACAUCUUAACCAAAAUAUAUCUGUAUAUCAAUAUACAUAUUUUCUACUCCUUACAUUUUCAAAUGUUUGUUACUUUAAAUUUAAAACACUUGAGAAGAGUUAUUUCUUGACAUUUCACAGAUAACUGUUAGUGUAUCCAUCACAGGUUCUUAUAGCAUGUGAUGAAUUAAACAAAGGGAAAUCUAGCUAGUGCUACAGAAGAGGAUCAAGCAUAAAAGAAGUAACAUUAGUGGCAGGCAAUUGGAAGUACAAAGGUUCAAUCAGCUUAAUACAUACAUAUUGCCAAAACUAUUCACUCACGCAUCCAAAUCAUUGAAUUCAGGUGUUCCAAUCACAUCCAUGGCCACAGGUGUAUAAAAUCAAGUGCGUAGGCAUGCAGUGAAAGAAUGAGUUACUCUCAGGAGUUCAGUUAAUUCCAGGAUGUCCUGUUAGGAUGCCCCCUGUGUAACAAGUCCAGUCAUAAAAUUUCCUUGCUACUAAAUAUUCCACAAUCAACUUUUAGUGGUAUUAUAACAAAGUAAAAGCGACUGGGAAUGAGAGCAACUCAGCCACAAAGUGGUAGGCCACAUAAAACCACAGAGUGGAUGCUGAGGUGCAUACUGCACAGAGGUCACCAGGUUUCUGAGUCAAUUGCUCCAGAACCUCUAAACUUCAUGUAGCCUUCAGAUUAGCUUGAGAACAGUGCAUAGAGAGCAUAAUGGACUGUGUUUCCAUGGCCGAGCAGCUGCGUCCAAGCAUUAUAUAAUACAAGCAGUUGGUGUAAAGCAUGAGACCACUGGACUCUAGGGCAGUGGAGAAGUUUUCUCUGGAGUGACAAAUCACACUUCUUUGUCUGGAAAUCCAAUGGAUGAGUCUGGGUUUUGUGGUUGCCAGGAGAAUGGUACUUGUCUGACUGUACUGUGCCAAGAGUAAAGUUUGGACAGUUGGUAUUGUACGCUGUGUUGGGGAGUAAUGGAAUACAUGUGCGUUACGUGUUUAAAGUAACUGUCUUCCGUUACACUUACCGUUUAAAAGGGUGGUAUUCAGAAUACAGUUACUUUGUUGAAACAAAGGGAUUGCAUGGCGGUCUUUUCCUGUUUCAUAUGUUAGGCUAUGCCCUCUUUAUUUAUGGUAAUUCCACGCUGGUGGACACCCAAACAAAACAUGCAUUAAGAGCCUCUAAUGACCGUGUCUCAAU